UUUUUUUUUCCUCUCCUUUUUUUAAACUAUUAUUAUUUUGGUUGCGAUAUCGACUUUGAUUUUUUUUUUGCCUUCGCUCUCUUUUCCCUCCGCCCUCCCCCGAUGAACCUCUCUUCUCGCUCUGCACUUUGCAUGAGAAAGCCCACAGGAAAGGCACCAUGAAGUGUUAAAAAUAACAAAACAAACCAACAACAACAACAACAACCAAAAAUUUACGCGCAACACCACCAGCUAACACUUCCAGCUGCAGUUUGCAAGCUGCAAGAGAGAGAGAGGAGAGAGAGAGAAGGGAGGGAGAGAGGAGGAAAAAAAAAAACCAACCCUUUAUGCAAAAGGCGAAUAGCGAGAGCCCCUCGCUCUGAUGCAUCAGCGGCAGCGGAGACUCUGCAAAGGAUAACGCGGAGCGGGAGCAAGAGCAGCCGGGGCGAAUUGGAGCGGAGGCUGCGAGGGGCCGUGGCGAGAGGCAGAGGCAGGAGAGAGCGGAGCAGAGCUCGCCAAAAAUCAAGCUGGCUCACCCGGUGGCAACUCAGAGCAGUCCCCUCGCUCCCGGAGCGCACCCUUUCUGGAGGACUGUCAGCAGCAAAAGGAUGGCAUCAGAACUGGCAAUGAGCAGCUCCGACCUGCCCACCAGUCCCCUGGCCAUGGAAUAUGUUAAUGACUUCGAUCUGAUGAAGUUUGAAGUGAAAAAGGAGCCGGUGGAGACCGAUCGCAUUAUCAGCCAGUGCGGCCGCUUGAUCGCCGGGGGAUCGCUCUCUUCCACCCCGAUGAGCACGCCCUGCAGCUCGGUGCCCCCGUCCCCCAGCUUCUCGGCGCCCAGCCCCGGCUCCGGCACCGACCAGAAGACCCACCUGGAAGACUACUACUGGAUGACGGGCUACCCGCAGCAGCUCAACCCGGAGGCGCUGGGCUUCAGCCCCGAGGACGCGGUGGAGGCGCUGAUCAACAGCAGCCACCACCCGCUGCCCGGCGCCUUCGAUGGCUAUGCUAGAGGGCAGCAGCUGGCCGCGGCCGCCGGCGCCGGCGGCUCCGUGCCGGCCGAGGAGAUGGGCUCGGCGGCCGCCGUGGUGUCGGCGGUGAUCGCCGCGGCGGCGGCGCAGGGCGGCGCGCCCCACUACCACCACCACCACCACCACCCGCACCACGGCGGCGGCGGCGGGCACCCCCACGCCGCGGCGCCGGGCAGCGCGCCGCCCUCCUCCGCCUCCUCGGCCGCUGGCUCUGGCGGCGGCGGCGGUGGCGGCGGCGGCGGCGCUGGGGGGCUGCACCACCCGCACCACGGCGGCGGCGGCGGCGGCGGCCUCCACUUCGACGACCGCUUCUCCGACGAGCAGCUGGUGACCAUGUCGGUGCGGGAGCUGAACCGGCAGCUGCGGGGCGUCAGCAAGGAAGAGGUGAUCCGGCUGAAGCAGAAGAGGAGGACCCUCAAAAACAGGGGCUAUGCCCAGUCCUGCCGCUUCAAGAGGGUCCAGCAGCGGCACGUCCUGGAGUCGGAGAAGAACCAGCUGCUGCAGCAAGUGGAGCACCUAAAGCAAGAGAUCUCCAGGCUGGUCCGGGAGAGGGACGCCUACAAGGAAAAAUACGAGAAGCUGGUCAGCAAUGGCUUCAGAGAAAACGGAUCCAGCAGCGACAACCCUUCCUCUCCAGAGUUUUUCAUGUACCCGAGAGAGUCAUCUACAACGGUGAUGUGAAAAUCCCUGUUACCUGAGGUUGGAAAAAAAAGAAAGUGUGAUGCUGGACGGGGGAUGGCUUAGGACAACCUGCUGGCGUGAGGACAGCUACAAAGCACAAAAUACAAAACACGAACUCAGAAACAAGAGAAAAAACAGCGUUUUCUUGGCAUCAACAAGAAGCUCUAUUUUUCCUCAAGUUUUCUUUUCUAAGAAAAACAAAAGAACUAAGACAUUUGCAGCAAUGAGACAAACUUUCUCUUCAGGUGACAGUGUUCAAGCAAGCAUGUUGUUUUAUUGAAUUUACAGUAAAAGGGAAAAAAGAGAGAUUUGGAAGGAGAUACAGUAUCAGGAGAACUGAAAAACUCUGAACUUUCAAAGGGAAAAAAAACUCAACUCCUUAAAACUGUGAACUGAGAAAUGGAUGAAAAGACCAUUUAACCCCCUGAUUACACUCUGUGUGUGUUCUGAAGGAGACAACAUCAUCUUUGCUAAUUCAACAUUAUUUAGGGAAUGGUUUACAACAUAGCUUUUAUUAUAAUCUUUUAAGAGGAAAAAAAAAGAGAGAGGAAAAAGCAGAACUAUGUAAUGAGCUGUCACUUUACCCUUUCUGUUCAGAUGUCUUCUUGCACCUUCUUUUUCUAGACGGCGCAGAUGUAUUUGCAGCCAGCAGUCAAAGGCAGGAAAGAUUUCUUUCCUUAAUAAUCUUUUUAUUUUGCCACACCCAAUAGAAUCCUUGUAGGGAAAAAAAAAUCAAUGCAACUACCAUCUCCCAGUCAACACCUAAAGCCUAACAGACAGUAAUCAUCAAAAUAAAGAGGAAAUCCCAUCCUGGGCUACGAACCUACCCAUUAAUCAAACCAGCAGAAAGUAUCUGCGGCGUGGCUUUUCUGCAGUACGACAAAGGAUGCCUCCUUGGGUUACACUUUGAACAGGCUACAAUCAAAAGAAAGAGAACCAAGACUAAGUAAGCCCCAGGAAGCCGCAUUGUCCCUUUAACCCACGGUAUUCCCCAUUUCCCAUUAGUACUUAACAUUUUUCACUCUGUUGUGACUGCUAUUAUUUCAUUUAACACUGGCUAAUCUGUAUCUGAGGUAUAUGGAAACCCUCUAGAUGAUAAGAUUGGACAGGUUCCAGUGCUGGCAGUUUUCGAGCAUGCACACACUCGUGUGUUUUGAUCCUUCCAGGAGCUCCCUGUUAUUUGGACUGCCUGCCAAUUCGUUCUUGGAUCAGCCUCUCGCUCAGCUCCCAGAGGGCCGUGGCCGUGGCUUCGGCCUGUGCCUCCUGCGAGGGCAGGCAGCGGCAGCAGUUGUUGAAGUACAUCCCUCCCAGGCCCUCCAGCUCGGCAGCUGUGGCGCAGUACACAGUUGUGGCAGCUCCUUGUUGCUGGAAUUAAAAAAAGGAAAAGACAGGAAAAGAAAGAAGGAAAAAAAGAGAGUUAUAAAAACAGAUUUAACAAACAAUAUCAAUGUAUAGACAUAUUUUAGCACUGCAGUCCUUUGAAGCUGUGUCUCCUUCCUUCUUUCCCUUUUCCUUUCCUCUAGAGGAAAAGAAAAGGAAAAGAGAGUCCUCACCCACAGCCCCAGUCUCAGGCCCUUUGCCCUUUGUAUCAGCUGCAGGGAGAGCCUGGCCUGGUGCAGAGUGUUUGGAGGCAGAUCAGUUGAGCCAGGUUUAAAAGCCGCGCCUCAAAACUUCCUGGUUUCCUUUUGCAACACGGAAAGCACUUACCCUGCACCAUGGGCACUCCAGCUCCCUCUCCCUGCCCAGCAAUGCAGACUGAUGGAUGUAUGUUGUUUGUUUGGGUUUUUUAAACCUCUUGUACAGAAUUAACCUGAGCACUCCAAUUAAGACCUAUCGUGUAAAGUGCAAUUGGGAUUGGUGCCAAACCUGCCCAUAUAGAUCUCUCAGCAACAUUUUCACUGUGGCAAUUGUCACUGUUGCCUUGUAAGAAUGUUCAUCUGCUGCAGGCACAGAGAGGUUCUGAUUUUGUAGACACCAAGUGGGCUUUUUUGUUCUGUAGCAACCAUUUCUCUUGGAUUAUAAUGCUUUGAGAAAUGGAGAAGGUAGACUAGAGGCUUCCAUGGAUCAAGGUGUCCUUUCCUUUUCCUUUUUUCAUUCUCUUUUCCCUUUUUAUUUCAUUUUUUUUCUUAUACCAAGAGAACUUAUGUUUAAACAAGAACAAUGAGUUUCCUGAGUUUCUCUGACAGAAACCUGGAGACUAAAGCCAUAGGGCUGGGACAAGCAUCCUGGCACCAGUGAUGAGCUACUCCGUCACAGAUUAAAAGUGCAGUGCUAGGAUAUCUGUAAAGAGGGCAGGAACACCAACAGGGCUUUGUAAACCAUAAUUAAAUAACAUGUAGAUGAGAGUGCACAGCAACAUACAACACAAGUUUAAAACCAAUACAGUUUAUCUGACAUCUUAUGAUUAUUUAUGUACAUCUUAGUCCUUUCUGUAGUAACUAAUUAUGAGCUGAUAGGAAUCAGAAUAAAGAGGCUGCCAAGUAUGAUUGAAAAAGCAAAGGAAGAGAAAUUAGAUGUUGCUACAUUAGGAUAAUUUAAUGGGAAAAGAGAACAGCUUCAAUCUCUUGUGAUUUUCCUCCAGCCUUUUUUUUCCCCGGCCUUUCAUUAUCACAGCCAAGGAAACCCAGGGUGCUGUUAAGGGGACAACCUGCAGAAGAUCUCUGCUUUGCAUUCUCACCCUCAAAGGGCAGCAAACAGUCUAAAAAGCUUGAAUUCUCCUUAACUAAGGCAUCUCAGUUUUGUAAUGGCAAAAAAAAAAAGCUGUGUUUGUUUGCAAGGCAGAACUUUUUCUCAGAAGAUGGGAUGAAACUGAUAAUGACGACUCCACAGCGUAGAAAUGAUCUCCCGUCACCAGGUAAAGCAAAAUUGUCUGUCCUGAGUAUUUUUAAAAGGCAUAUAUUUAUCAACAGACCAAAAUAUAUUUAAAGUUAGUAAAAUACAUAGUAAUCCUCUUAUUAAACCUGUAUCCUUUUUGAAAAGGAGAGAAAGUAUCUUAAGAAGGCAGUAGUAGAAAUGGAAGAGAGUUCUACUAAAAAUAAUAUUAACAGGGAACAAUAAAAUUCCUACGCUCAUUUAAACUAUGCUAUAAAGCUCCACAGCACAGGUAUGAUUGCCAUAUUCAGCUGUUUAGAAUGAUUCAAGGCUCCUGAAGAGUAUUAUUAGUUUUUCUGCAAGCAGUUCAGCUGGACUUUUAUUAGAAAGGUAAAAUUAACCUAAAUUGCUCAAUGCAGAGCCAGAGCCUUUAAGCUAUUGCUGAAAAGCAUCCGUCCAGCCAAGCUACAUUCAUCUAGCCCUAACAGAAUCCAGCUAAUUCAUAAAAUGCAAGUUUAUCAGAGCAGUUUAAAAUCCAACCCAAACAAAAAUUCAUCUUUUCAAAUGAGUCCAAUUUGAUGAGUUUUAAAUAAAAUUCUCAUCAGGCAGAAAAAUGUCCCCUCAGUACAACAGCAGUGCUUUAUACCUCAAACAUUGACACAACCUAGACUCCAAAAGAAGAGCAUAGUUUUCCCUGUGUGAGCAUAGGAUAUUUACUUUAAGCUAUAAAAGAUUAUGUGGCUGGAAGCCCAAAGCACUUUAUCUUGUGAUGCCUCCAGUGCUUCCCUGAGAACUGGAUAUAAGCAAUGUGCCAUUUGCUUUUUUGGCUGUGUAUAUCUUUGCUUCUUUCUAAAUGUUUGCUGUUUUGGAAGAAGAAAGUUCAAUGAUUCUGUCAUUGAAAGAAAAGCACCUUUCUUAUUAUUUAAGAGAAAUGCAGUCAUAUUUAUCCCUUCAUUGACAGAGGGUAAAGAGUUAGUAUCUCAGAAUAAUGGACAAACGUGAACUCAUCAAGCCUAGGAGACAAAGCUACACAACAAGGUAAAUCCCAGAUUCUCAAAGCCAUUUAGGCAUCUCAUUUCCUUUGGUGAACGUGAGUUAGCUGCAUUCAGACAUUUGAGGAUCUGCCUAAGCGACUUGCCCAAGGACAGAGGGGACCGAGUGUCACGGAAUCACAGGAAUCAAAUCACACUUGGGUUGGGAAGGCUGUCAGGAGGGCUCUAGCCCAGCCUCUUGCCCAGAGUGGGAUGCCUAGACACCUCAUAUAUGCCACGCUGAAAGGGAAGGUCCUCAAGGGACAAAUUCCUCCUUUGCAUCUACAACAGAUAGCACAAAGCUCCAGGAAGAGCCAGAGCUGCAGCUCACUGCGAAAUGCCUGCACUGGCAGCCAUGCCUAGCCAGGCUGAGAAACCGCUUGUUUAUCCCUCCUGCACACAGUCCUCUGAAUGACAUCUUUAUGUGCUGGGCCUUAUGACAGUCUAAUAACAAGUUUUAAUUUUUUGCUCAUCAGCUUUCCUGUUCACAUAUCAUCAGCAUACGACAGCAGAGGAUGUUAGGGAAUCUAAUUAGUAAACAAUUCCAUACUGCUGAUACAAGAUGAAACAUUCUUAAACCGAUAAAAAGAGCACUUUAAUCACUGUUGAAUGACUUUCAAUGCCAAGCGGUUUGUGCCAUGUCAGAACGUAAUUUGAAGAAGAUUAGAGUACUAUAUAAAAGAAUUAAUGUUAACAACUUCGUUAAAAAAUGUCUUAAACAAUGAGCCUGUCAGUUGUCACCGACUCUUCCCUGAUCUAUUGUGAUUAACACCCCUCCCUCCCAACAAUUCCAGCCCAUAAACAAUGCUAAAAGCGCUGGGCAACCUAAACAGUUUUUUUCCAUAGGUCCGACAGUUGCGCCGGGUGCUAAUCACCAGAGCUGGGGGUCAGCCUUCUUCAACCUGCAACAAAGGCAGCGGCUUGCCACCAUGAAUGCAGGGGAUAAAGAAUCUGUGAGAAGCCCAACUGAAUCUUUAAUCAUGCCUCAGUGCCAUUUCCGAUCCAGCCAAACACUGGAGAGCUGCUAGGCAAGCACCACGCUAUCAAUCAUCCCAGCGUACGUAGCAUUACCCGGGAAUCUGGGCCUGGAUUAAGUUGAAGAGUGUCUUAGUAAUAAGGGUUCAUCAUUCUCUUCCGCAAAUCAUUUGUCAGGUUUGUAAUACAAUCUCCGACUGCAGCAGGGUGGGAUUUAUCCAGCAGUUGCUGUUUAUUUAUAGUCGAGGCUCAAAGAUCUAAAUUAUCCAUCCCUCCAAAAUCCUUUGUGGAGAUGAAAAUACUAAGUAGCUGCGAGUUCCUAGCAUCUAUUUCCUAACUGCUAGCUGUCAAUUUGUAGCUGAUGGCACCGAAUACGAAUGAAUGUUGAGUAUCUUAGCAGGAAAAGAAAAGGGGUUCUUGAGUUACGGCGUACAGCAAACCCCUCAUUAAUACAGGUAAUGCACCCGUUAGUAUUCUAAGAUACCGUUUAUGUUCCUGAUAAGGAAACAUGUUACACAGUUCAUGUUUAGUUUUCACAUUUGGCUACUUUCAAGUGCAUGUUUAUUUUCUAAAAUUAGAUUCCCCUUCUGAAGCGAGUUUGCAUACCAAGCAUAUAAAUAAUAGAAACAAAGCCAGAACUUAUCUGUAUAGUUAUCAAGUACAGAUGAAUAAGAUCCACUCUAAGCUCACAGAGUUGCGAGCACACAGAGAGCACAAAACAUUUCCUGCCCGUGAGAUGGGAUCAGCUUCUUUGAAAGGGAGGGGUUUAUUUUCUUAUGAAAAAUUAAGGAUCAAGGCCAGUUAUCUUGGUAGCCUGGGGUUAGGUUUAGCAUGCUGCAUGCUAAAAGAUGGCCAGUGGGAAGAGGUGAAUGCAAAAUGACACGAGAGGCAAGCGUUUGUGACAAGGGCCAGAUUCAAAGCAAGCAGCUGAAGUGAAAUAAAAAAGCAAGUGCUUCCUUAAAACUCUUCAGGCUGUUCCAUCUCAGGACUGCUAGACAAAGCAAACACAUCCCUAACACAAAAAUACCAGAUCCACACAGCAGCACCCUUUAUAGUGGAAUAAUACACAGCAGUGUGAAGAUGAGAAGAAGUAUGAACACAUUUCAGACCAUGAGACCGGGGAGGUCUCCCCUAACUUCUUUGUGCCUCUGAAAAACACCCUGAAGAGUUCAAAUCCAUUCUGCUAGACAGGAGAAAGUUCUCCACCAGCUAGCUUCAGCAAUGGUCAUUUCCUGAUUUGAUGCAAAAUACAAACUCUUCCUUGGAGUAACAAACAAAAUCAUAUAGAGCCUGUUUCCACCAUUACCAGUUCCAAAUUGUCCAUACCAAGCCCUAAAGUUACAGCUGCAGUUUUACACUCCUCAAGCCUCACGUUCACUUGGUGUAAAUCAGCACAGGUCUGUUGCCUUUCUUCUCGAGACUGCUGAGGCUCUGGUCUCUUGCUGCAGUCCUGGUGUUGAUAUUCAGGCUGAGCGGCUGCUGGGAUGCGCCGCCUGGUGCAGGGACAUGGUGCCCAUGCAGCUGGCCCAGCUGGGCACAGGCUGAUUACAGUGGGCUAGGCAUCCACUGCUGCAGGCUGUGUCUCAGCAGCCAAGACUUGGCUUACCUCCUGGAAGAAAACUGGCCCCAGAAUGGGUUUGUUUCCUUCUGGAAUUGCUAGCAACCCCGAGUUGGGACUGUGGCACAGAAUCUUCUCCAAGACAGACUUCCUUCUUUCUGUUAAAAUGUUUCCACAGACGAGGUGAAUCUGUGCACAGUUUUUCCCCAUCAAGCACAAGUGUUGAUGAACAAUGUGGAGUGCAGAUGAACCGCUUCUGCAAAACACUACCAAGUCUAGAACCUUCAUGUCCUCACUCAACCUUCAGGAUUCCCCAGUAUCCGAAGUGCUUUAAGGAGCAGUUUUAAGAGCUGUUCGGUGGUAUCAGCCUGUCAUAGCUGAGGCAUAAUUCUCAAUGCCAGGUGCUACUUUGCUCUGCUUCCUACUGGGGUAAUGCAGAGCUGUGAGGGAUAGUAACUUUUUGUACAAGGCAGUGAACAAGCUUCAGUCUGGCAUGUGAGAGGACAGAACUGUUCCAUUCCUGCUGCAGUACCCCUUACUUAGAGCAAUCCCAGAUGCACUGUUCUUGUGAGUAAUUUUCAGAGUAUGUAUGUGUAAGUCUCCUGUAAGAAAAUAGGAUUCCCUGAUUUCUUUUUCAGCAAGGAAAUAUGAAAUUGAGACCUCCCUUUGCUAUUUUGAGUGAGUAUCACAAACUGAAAUCAUAUCUGCAGCUAAAAAAAUAAAACUUUCAAGCUGCCAAAUAUGAUCUAAGAAACAAAUUGCCCUCAGCUGACUUCAGGUCCUAUCCCCACCCAAGCCCCAGCAGGAAAACGUGACCUGAACUCACUCUGUAAUUAGAGUCCUUUCAAAGGUCUCACUGAACCACAUCUAAACCAGAGAUUCUCAACCACCUCCCCUUCCCCCAUCACCACAUUUAAGCCAGCAAAGCAUCUCUUAGAAGAUAAUACAAUGGAUAAAUCAAAAUCUAUACGGUUUGGUGGGGUUUUUUUCCUUCUGAUGUAUUCCUUUUCUCAAUUAAUUCCCAACUACAAAGACUCAAAACUCCAUCAGCUCCUCUACAUGCAAAGCAUAGUUGGUUUCAAGCUGUAAGUUCUCUAAGCAUCAUUAAGACCCUUGCACAUUUACAGUAUUCUUUACAUACAUUAUAGAAGAUAACUGUGCUGUAUUCUUUGAGUAAGAAAACUGCAGCAGUUCAUAGAAGAGGAUUUGUUUUCCACUGCUGAGGCAUUAAGACGCAGUGAUUAUUUCAACUCCUCAGUCUGUGCAGCUAUAUUUAACUUCCACUCUGGGUUUUGCUUUUGCCAAAGAGAAGGAGUCCAUUGUAACAAAUGUAUUUUGACAAUGCACCAUGUCGUUUGUGUUAUGCAACGCCCCAUAUGUUCUCAAUUACGGCAAUGAUAGCGCUCAAUAACUUCCAACCUCCAACCACCAGUGUCAAACAGAUUGGCUGCCAUAGUUCCACAGGAGGAAAAAAAAAUACAAUACAGGACAUCAAGUCAGGAGAACUGGGUUGGGUUGUUUUCCCCCCCCCCCCCCCCCCCCCCUUUUCAACUUUUACUUCCCUACUGAACUUGGACAAAUCACUUUGCGUACCCUCACUUCUCCCAGCUGCAAAACAGGGAGACUACUGUGCUUUACUCACCUCACAGGGGUGUUGUGAGGACUGGUUCAGAUUCAUGCAGUGCUUUCACUUACUGUUGAAAAGCACCAAGCACAAAGUGUUAUAUGAUAAACCACUGUUAAAUUGUGUAGAAGAUGUAGAAAAAGGUUGGCAAAAUAGCCAAAAAAAGAAAAGUAAUUACCUGUUAAUGCGUAUUUUGCUCUAUUGUAUAAACUUAAUGCUUUAACCUGUGACACUGUCUGCUACACCAGGCCCAUUUCCAGGCUUCUCCCUCUCACUCUGUUUCUGUUUGCUUAGCACAAAGAGAAGUUGGUAAAAUUCAUAUUAGCCAAAACAUCAUUGUAGUCUUAAAAAUGGAUGUCUGCUACACCAGGCCCAUUUCCAGGCUUCUCCCUCUCACUCUGUUUCUGUUUGCUCAGCUCAAAGAGAAUUUGUUAAAAUUCAUAUAGCCAAAACAUCAUUGUAAAAAUGGAUGCUUUGGAGGGAACCAACCCCUGGAAAGGUGACUCAUGGAUUCAUCUCUCUUACCCUUUGCAUAUGCUCAAAAGAGUCAUCAUGGCACACCAAGGGGGGAAUUCAGCUGCCCAGUAUAUCUCAAGAUAUCUGAGCUGGAUUAGACUUGCUUUACAGCAGUCUAUCAAAGGGCACACAUUUCCCAUAGGCCUGGUAAUGUAUUUUCCAGCCCCUCAUGGACACCUCACAUAACACCACGCAAUGUCUAAGACAGCACCAGACACCUCUGUCCAAUGCAGCCUAAAACGCUCUUAUCAUGGCAUCUGGAAAGGAGCUGGUUCCCACAGGCAGCAUCAUAUUUCUUCCUUUGCCUAGUAUCUUAUUGAAGUCCACAACCAGCUUCUGAAAAUUGUUUCUAGCCCGACACAGAGCCAUCUUAAGCUCCAAAAGCUUUAAUGAAGCCUAAGGCUUUACCUUGCCCAACCAGCAUUUCGGCAGCAGGAGCAGCAGCACGCCCCAGGCUGCGCAACCUGGACUUUUUAACCACAGCACAUUUCCAUGCAGAGCGCUCCUGCGUUUUCCUCUCCUGCCCACUGAACUCCCAUUCACUCCCAAUUUAAGCUUUUCAGCCAUCACUGCGCCACUGAAGUGGCAGUUUUGAACACUGCAUGCAAACUGCUAUGCUCCACUAUUGCUUCUCUUCUCCCAGGCUAGUGGGGAGUGGUGGUGUGAUACUGCACACUACUGCUCAUACCUUGAUUGAGGAAAAAAAAUCCCUGAGUAAAAGUAUUGAUCUUCAUUUCAGCGUGUAACAGGGUAAGGGUGUGAUCAGGCUGAUCAUAUUAUGUCACUGCACAUGGCUUGCCCUCUGACCUAUGUGCCAACACUGGCCAGAAGAGUGAGAAGCAAAGAGGAUGUAAGCAACACUCCUUGGGCAUCAUAGUGGCACUAUUAAGAACUGACCGCACCUGAAAACCUCUGCCACUGAGACUUUGUGAUGGACACUUAUAUACACACGAGUCCUAUCACAGCUUGUCAGACACUGCAAAAAGUGGAAGGCCUCAGGAGGACAUUGGAAAACCUCUUGAAACACAUAAGCUGCCAACUGAGGGCGGAUUCUUCCGGGCAAAGGUAAUCUGCAGAGCUGAGCAAACAGGUUGUCGACAAUAAACAUAUCAAGCCAAAAACCAGACAGAUUAGAUAUGCUGCUGCAACUAAAUCAUCAGAAUGGGGCUGGCUGGUGUUUGGGUAGAUGUAGAAAGGAAUUUGUUGCAAUCACUUCUGUUAUUAACUGACACCAACUUGAGAUGUUUUAUGGUUUUGCUGUACCUAACUUUAAUUAUAUAUAUACUUUAUAUAAAUGUAUGUAUACAUAUAGCACUGUAUAUGCUGUAUAUAUUUAUAUAGCUUUUUAAUACUAUUAUUAGUCAAAAUUUAGAUUUCUUUUCAUAUGCAGUAUUGCAAUGAAUGUCAUCACAAUGCUGGUGUUUGGCUUCCUCCCAUUGCACAGAUGUUUUUUCUAGACUUUGAAUUUAGAUAUAAGGAGGGGGAGGGGGAAAGCCCCACACAACAAAAUGCUUUUUAGGCAAGUGACCUUUUGGGACAAAUAUUUAACAAGCUGGUUUAGGUUUUCAAGAUAAAGACUGUUUUUCAUCUGUUGAUACAUGUACACAUACACAGACACAUUCAUUUCAGUAACACAAUGCAUUGAACAAACACAGGGUGUUAUGAUGGGGACAUACCAUGGUAAGAAAUUUACUACUAACUCUGUCUUCCAGAAACUAAUUAAGGGAAUGUAUUUUGCAAUAAUACAGAUCUAGCAAACAGGCCUCUAAAGUCUAGGCUUAGAGCUGUAAGCCAGGCAACUCCUGUAUUAUUAUGUACGUGUGAUUUUCAUAGCUAGCCUGCUGUAAAGUGUGCCCUGUUAGUGCAUCUUUCAGGCUCAAAGACACUGGCCUUGUUAAUAUUUCAUUUAGUACAUACUGUAGAGUCUCAUUUAUAUUACUUAUAUAAUUAAUGGUGAUAGCUUAGGCACUGCCUUUACAAGGAGAGAUCCCUGUAUGUUGGUCGAUGGAUAAUGAGAAACAAUAGGUAUUUCAUUCACCAGCAGCUUGUUGCUAGUUAGUAGGAAAUUAUCGUGUGUACCGUUGCUUUAAUUGCCAGGGUAAAUAACGCUGCCGCUGUGUUAGUGAGCAUUUUAAAGCACUUGAUGCAAAUAGACUAGAAACAAAACACAAAAAAGACAAAAAAAAUUACCUUUAUUAUGCUAUACCUUAGCAUAGGGAGUUUAAAAGGUAUGUCUUAGAACACUUGCGUUCUCUCAUGCAGAUAUAUCUUAAUAUGCAUGUGCUGCCUAGUCAACUACUGUAUUUAGGAAACACAAUUAUGCUGCCUUUCUCUGCUCCUCUGUAGACUGUAAAUAACUGUAGAUCAUUCUCCUGUUUUCCUCUGUAAAUACAUGUAAAUACUAACGAGCUAUGCAUGCUGAUAUUCUAGGCAAUUUCAGGUACUUUUAUAAUCUGAAGGCAUGUACUUGAACUGGUUUGUUAAAAAAACAAAAUCAACUCUCUCAAACCCUUGAAAGCUUAUUAGAAAUUAAAGAUUUCUUACUAGACUGGUGCCUCCACUCUCACUUGCUUUUCUCUUUAUUUAUUUCCUUGCUUUGCCAAUACUGUUUCCCAAGACCUGCCACCUAAGAUACAAUCUCCAAAGCUCUUUUCUCCAAAGCAUGGUGUCCCAUCUCAUGAUCUGAGUCACUCCCCAGCCCAGGCUGUGCACCAUUUAGACUCAACAUCAUCCCCAUUUGUAAACCUCAACAGAGACUUGGAAGGGGAGGAAAGUCUAUCCCCUUUGCUCUGACCUCUCCUUCUGUUCAGUGAUGUUUUCUAGUUAAUUGUCUUAUCCCAUAAUCCAUCAAGGCAGGCUCUAACACCACUAGUGCCGGGACUGGCUCUGGGGGCAGAAGCUGUUACAGCCAAGAGCAGUGCCCAUGUCUUUGGCCGUGUCUUUGCUUGCUGGCUGUGCUGCGCUCUGGCUGUUCACUCAGACAUGCUCCUCUGUUUGAACAUACUCUUUAUGUUGGGGUUUGUUUUUCCUCUCCCUAGCAUGCUCAUGACUUUGACAGACUGUGAAAAUAAUUUGAUAAAUAGCUUGAUAAAUUCCCCCAUCUCUUCCCCUCAGUGCUGUAACACUGUUUGUGGGAGCCUUUCAAUUGAAGGAGUGUGAACAAAAAUGAAAUUACCUAAGCUUAUAAAUCAAGUCACCUCCUGCAUACGAAUUUGGUGGCAAGGUUUCAAUUUAAGUUCUCUCCUUUCUCUUCUUUCUUUUUGUUCAAGUAAUAAAUGAAGAUUCCUAUGAAGACAAUAGUAAGAAGAAGAAAAGAGGUGCACUUAUCCCCCCAAUAUGGUAAGGGGAAAUAAAACCCCCUUCUGCAUUAUCUAUGGAAACUAAAUGCAAGAACAACUUUUUAAUUGCAAGAAAACAGCUUUCAUGUCUGAAGAUGCUUUUUCCAGAGUAGAUGUAAUAAGAAUAAACACUUUAAUUGACAGAA